ACAAGCUAUGUUAUCGUUGACGAAAGUUACAGAGUCUGUGCACAGACUACUAGACAUGGCGUGAUGAUCGUACGACGGUAAAUUUGCAUGAUGCGUUAAUGAUGAAUUGCUGAUUUUUCUUAAAUUUUAACGGAAAAACUGGUGAGAAUUUUGCACUGAUCUUCCUCGAGGUAUAUUGAUACAAGAAACUACACAAAGGUGCACAGUCUGAGCUCGCACGUAUUUGGUUACACCUCGAUCUUUGGUCGUCAGAUCCACUCACUGAAUCAGAAGCAAUCUGUACUCCAGCCUGCUGCCAGCAGUCAUCUUCACGAGAGAAAAGGGGACAACUCGUUUCCAACUGAGAUCUUGUUGGGAUAAACAGCCAUGGCUGCCUUCACCGUUGACAGCCCUAGUGUGACGUACACGGACGACUUCAUCGAGUCGGACUACACCUACCAGACCACACGCGUCCAGAGAGACAGUGGCGGAAUCAAGGUUACACCUGUUAGCACGCAGGUGACGUUUCGCACGGAGCGUCGCAAGCCGCGCCUGGGCUGCAUGCUGGUGGGAUGGGGAGGCAACAACGGGACGACGGUCACGGCCGCUGUGAUCGCCAACCAGAAAAAGAUGAGCUGGCACACCAAAGAAGGAGUCCAGCAUGCCAAUUUCUACGGAUCCCUGACCCAGGCGUCGACCUUGUCGCUAGGCAGCGGAGGAGACGGUGAGGUCUUCAUUCCCUUCAAAGGCAUCUUACCGAUGGUGGAACCCACCGACAUCUUAUUUGAUGGUUGGGACAUCUCAUCCAUGAACCUGGCCGACGCCAUGCAGCGAGCCCAGGUACUAGACUACGAACUCCAGCAGAAGCUCCGCCCCUACAUGAAGAGCCUUAAGCCCCGCCCCUCCAUCUACACACCUUCUUUCAUCGCAGCCAAUCAGAAGGACCGAGCCAACAAUGUGCUGUCAGGUACCAAGCAAGAAUUGGUCCAGAAAAUCCGGGAUGACAUCAAAGACUUCAAGACGUCUAAGAAUUUGGAUAAGGUGAUUGUUCUGUGGACGGCCAACACGGAGCGUUUUUGCGCAGUGGAGCCAGGACUCAACACCACCGCUGAGGAGCUGCUGGACUCCAUCAACAAGAAUGCCGUCGAGAUCUCGCCUUCCACCCUCUUCGCUGUCGCAAGUAUCUUGGAAGGGUGUGCCUACCUCAACGGUUCUCCCCAGAACACGUUCGUUCCCGGCGUCAUCGAGCUCGCCACCCAAAAAGGCGUCAUGAUCGCUGGCGACGACUUCAAGUCAGGCCAGACCAAGCUGAAAUCAGUCCUGGUAGAUUUCCUCGUAAGCGCUGGUAUCAAGCCCGUGUCUAUCGUGAGUUACAACCACCUUGGCAACAACGAUGGUAAAAAUCUCUCCGCUCCCCAGCAGUUCAGAUCCAAGGAGAUUUCCAAGAGCAACGUAGUGGAUGACAUGGUGGAAUCAAACCCGAUCCUCUAUAAGGACAACAAGAAACCUGACCACUGCGUCGUGAUCAAGUACGUGCCGUACGUCGGUGAUAGCAAGCGUGCCUUGGACGAGUACACCUCUGAGAUCAUGAUGGGGGGCAAGAACACCAUCGUGCUGCACAACACCUGCGAGGAUUCCUUGCUGGCCAGCCCGAUCAUCCUGGACUUGGUCAUCCUUGCCGAGAUUUGCCAACGGAUCACUUUUAAAACGGAGAGUGAGCCAGAUUUUCAGAGUUUCCACCCCGUCAUGUCCAUUCUGAGCUACCUGUGUAAAGCUCCCUUGGUCCCCCCUGGUGCACCUGUCGUCAACGCCUUAUUCAAGCAACGUGCCUGCAUCGAGAAUAUUUUCAGGGCAUGCGUCGGGCUGCCGCCGCAAAGUCACAUGACCCUGGAGAACAAGUGCAGCGCCCUCAGUUUGAAGCAAAAGGAAAGCACCAAGAAAAAGUCUGAGACGAUAGACGGGUACAAGAAUGAAUUGACCAAUGGGAGCACACCCUUAGUAACCAAUGGCAACGGAUGUAGUAAUGGUGAACCUUGUCAUAUCGUGAAUGGACAUAUGUGACAAUAUGAGCAAUUUAGUGAUACUUUUUUUUUAAUUCAGUGAAAACCUUGAAAUUGUAGCCAUCGCAUUUAUUAUUGAAUUUUAAAGUUGAACGAAGAAACUGGGGCAAGGUUUGAACCUGCGACCUCCAGAUUGCCGCUCCGGUGCUAAACCAACUGAGCUAUUCAGCCUGUUGUUGGUGAUUCCCGAUUUAUUUAUUUACUUUUAGAAAAAAAGUCUCAUAUAGACUUAUUUUUAUUUCUAUUUCUUUUAUUUAUUGAGUCACGCUUUGCUUGUAAAAUCAGUCAAAACUUUCUUGGAAAAAAAAGAGAGAAAUAUUAGAUGUGUAAAUGAAAUCAAGUGCAAAGAAAUUAAUGAUGCUCACAAAAAUUCA